AUCGCUGGAGGAUUGAAGACUGUAGAGUGAGAGGUUAUUGUGCUGUUCUCUACGUUCAUUCAUACAUACACCAGCAUGAAGGAUCCACAGCUACCAGGUACCAAAACACUAAAUGUCUGGGCGAAGCGACAUGGGAAAAAAGGAAAGAAUGAACCGGCGGCCCAACCUGCCCAGAAAGAAGCAGAAACACGCAAGUGUCCGGCACUUACGCCUGAACAAAGAGCGAAGCAGACGGCCUUCGAGAGGGUCCUCUAUGACAUGUCCCACAAUGAGCAGGUCAUCAGUGACAUGAUACUGGGCCGCAGGAUUGCUUUCUAUGAACUCAGAGGAGAAAUAGGGACUGGAAAUUUUUCUCAGGUCAAACUGGGUGUUCACGCUUUGACUAAAGAACGUGUUGCAGUAAAGAUUCUCAAUAAGGCGCGUCUCGACAAGAAGUCACAGAAUCUGUUUGCCUCAGAGAUCAUCUGUAUGGAAAAUCUGUCCCAUCCGAACAUUGUGCGUCUGUAUGAGGUGCUCGAGACCAGGAAGCAUUUGUACCUCGCUAUGGAGUAUGGCAGCGGAGGAGACCUGUUCUCACGCAUCACCAUGUGCAGUGCUCUUUAUGCUGUUAAACUGCCUUUCUAA